GUAAUUUCACAUAAAAUUUAUUAUAUUAACAUUAUAAAAAAAUAAUUUGCUGAGCUAAACUGCCACUGAGUGAGACUGAAAGCUGAAAAACAAUCAUCCAUUAUAAAUACAACUCAUGAAAAUCGAAAUAGUUAACUAUAAGAUAAAACCAUGUUUCGUCUAAGCCCAGCUGAAGUGAAUGAACUUUGUUUCCAAGAGAAUUUGAAACAAAGAAAAUUAAGGUUAUUGCAGGUCCGAGAACAAGCAAAAAAUUUUUCUGCAGACAUCAGAGAGGAUUGUAGAAAGGAGAGGGGAAAGCAGAUAAAUGCAUUGAAAAGAAAGAUUACAAAAGAACUUAAGCAGGAGAAAGAGAAUGACUUGCGGUUACUAGAGUCGAUAUAUGAAGGUCAAUUAAAGAAAUUUGGAGAAGGUCAUAGAGCAGCUCAAAAUCAGCCAGAUAUUGAACAGCUAAAAGAGGAAAAAAUGAAAAAUCAGGAAGCAGUAGCUACCUCCAGAGGCAAAGAAGCUCUUGCUGCUUUGAGAAAAGAAGCAGCAUUGAAAAAUACAGAAGCUAAGAAACAAUCGGAGGCUAGACAACAAGCAUUAGAAGUAGAGAAACAAAGAGCUGCCUGGAUUUCUAGUCUUGAUCUUCCAACCUUGGACCAAGUUGACCAAGUACUGUUAAACACAGAUUCGAUUACAGCUACACAAGACACGCCAAACAACGGACAACAAAAAUUGCCUCAUGUGGAAAAGGAAAAAUGGGAUACUCAAAGAGAUGCCAGAGUAGCUGCAAUGGAGGAAAACAUGAACAUUGAAAGAAAUGCUGAGAUGAAGCAAGAAGUGGAUAAAGAUAAUGCAAAAAAAGCAAAAGCUCGUUUCAAUGCUGCUUUAGAAGAUGAAAUGUGUGACAAGGGAUUUGCUAAAAUCAUCGAACAUCUGGACUCCGCAGAAAAACAAGAAUGGACAAAAAACAAGCAAGAAUAUGGAAAAAAAAAACCACCAAUGGUCCAAGAUUCCAAGCAGAAAAGUGAAAAAGAGGAACAGUUAGAAUGCAUAGUGGAGAAAAUCUUUAAUGGAAUCGAAGAACAUCAUGGGAGAAAUGUGAAGAAAGACCAUGUCAGAAGUAAUUUGAAUGAAGAGGAGCUAUUGGAUGAUGAUAGGUCACUGGCAUCCCAAAAACAGGAGAAUUUCAGUGCAACCAGAACCUUAAAGUCAUCUAAUGGAGGUUUAACCCAGUUAUUGACUAGAAUUCGUCAACAGAGAGAGGACCUUGCAAGACAACACAUGGAUUUUUUGGAUAAACAACAUUGGCCGAGAACUGAUCAUGAAAAAACUAGUCCUUUCAAGGUUUCAUCACCAUACUUAGAGAGAAUGGACACUGACCAGGUCUCUGAGGUUGAAUAUGCUAAAUCACUGAACUUUGAUGCAACCGAUACACGAAAUACAGAGCAACAUUUCAUAAAAACAACAAAAGAAGAUGAUAAACUUAUAGUUGAUUCUACCCACCGUAUUGUGAAGAGCAAUGACUUGGUAAAGGGAACUCAACCAACAAAGUUUAAAACCAAAGUUCUCCACUUCCCUCCUGUUAAUGUUGAAAGUAACAAACAAACAACAAAAACGGAAGCUCCUGGACUACAGGAUCAGACUGUUACUGUAAAACAGAAGGUAAAAUCAUCACCAAAACAACGUGACAGCAUACCAGUACCUUCCGUUAAUGUCGAAACUGCCGUGAACAGUGAGAAAAAUAAACCAAGCAUAAUAUCUGCUGAUUUUCCUGAAAAAAUCACUCCAAAAUUUCAAAGUGUGAGUGAAGAGCCAAAAAAAGAGCUACAUAAGAUGAAUUAUGAUAAAAUAUCUCCUAUUAGAAUUACUACAACAACCAGCAGUGAAAGUGAUUUGACUGAUGAAAUACUGCUUACACAAAAAACAAAACGUAAAAAACAAAAAAGUUUUCAGGUAAAACAGAGUCACCUGUUAGCUCUGAAACCAGUUAUAUGUCUCUUCCAGAAGGUUAUGGGAUGCCAGAUAUCAACCUGAAGGAAAUUCCAGAUGAUUUCUUU